GAGCGCCAAAAGAGCAGCGGCGCGCACGGGCGGAGAGACGCACCGAAGCCACCACCGAACCGCGAGGCCCGAGUUUUUAAUACGAAACCGCCACCUAGCCGCUUGCUUUCGGUCUUCGGCUUUCGCCUCCCCCAUUACCUUGGAUUUGUUGGAUUCGCCCAGCUUGCCUCCAACGCCCGCAUCCGAUCGAGGAGGAAGCGCCAGUAGGCCACGCCACGCCGCCAGCCGGGGAAGGCACGGACCCCACGCGCUCCCUUCCGUGUGCUCGCCCGUUCGGCGCGAUCCCGGGCGGCCAAGCCAGAGUGGGCCGAGUUUUCCUCCUUUUUAUCUCCCCGACUUCGUCGAAGGACAUUUGGUGUUCCCACAUUUAACGAGUGAUUUUCACUAUGAAACCUGACUGGUCAAUUUUCUCCAAGCUUGACCAUAAUGGAGGUUACCUGCAUAAGUUCCCCAUAGACUCUCCAAUAUCUCAUGAUAUUGGGUUAGGAUUGAUAUCACAGGCUGGAAACUUAGUUGAGUGUUCGUUUCAACAUCCGAGACAUAUAUGUGCUACUGGAAGUGGAGCAGUUCAGGAAGCAUUCAGCUGUUUCAACAAGUUUGCUGGAGCUUUCUAUUUCUUUUUUUCUAGAGCGUCGAAUCCUAAGUUAUUCAACAAGCUGUCAGCUGUUGCAGGCUCAAGUUCAAGGGCUUGUCGGUCACAUAUAAAGCAAGUGUCCUCUUGCCUACAGCAUUUACCUGGAUUGCGAUUUGGUUCGCAAUUAAGAGAAGAGCAUGCUAUACAAAUGCUUCUAGCGAGGCUCACAAGUGCAACUCUCGGACGACUGUGGAAUGAGGUGGAGGAGCACCAUGCCUGCAAUGUUCUUAUGCUAGCCGCUACUACUGUAAUACCACCGUUUGAAAACAUAUCGCCGAAGAUGCUUGCUGAGUCAAUGGCAUUAGGAAAAUGUGGUGGCCAUAUCCGAGAACCUGUAGAUCAGCCUUAUUUGGACGAAAUACGCCCUGGUUGUGCUUGUGUUGCUGUGCCAAGAGCCAUCUUUCCAGAUGAUGCAACGGAACCAAUAACUGGGAUCAAGUUCCCUACUCUCCUUGAGGACAAUUCCAAUUUGACAGCAGAGGUGCUUGUUGGGAUGGGUUUCAGAAGCAUGCGAAUAAUGAGGCUAAAAAAUCUUAAUCUUUAUGCCUUUGGGUUAUAUAUACAGCCGGAUUCUAUUUGCAAGAAGCUGGGUCCAAAGUAUGCUUCAAUCCCAGAUGCUGAGCUGAAGGAUCACCCAGAUUUCUAUGAAGAUCUUCUGAGGGAAAAUAUUGACAUGACAGUCAGACUAGUAGUAAGCUACAAUGGCCUCAGCAUUGGCACGGUUCGAGAAUUGAAGUCAAUCAUUUGUGUUUUUAAUGUGCUUUCCAGUGCAUUUGAGAAGUCUCUUUGCUUCCGAUUGCAAAAGAUGAAUCCUAAUACUGAUUAUCACUGCUUGAAAACAUUUGGUUCAUAUUUCAGUGAAGACAUUCAUAUACCUGCUGGUACAAAGAUCGACUUUCGUCAAACAUCUGAUGGCCAGCUAAUUACUGAAAUUGAUGGCAAACAAAUUGGCACUGUCCGGAGCAAAGAUCUGUGCAAGGCUUUCUUCGACAUGUAUAUUGGUGACCCACCUAUUUCGGUGGAGACCAAACAAGACAUUGCGCAGAAUGUGGCUGGACUUAUAAGACGAUGCUAAGAAAAAGGAGAACAAAAUGGAAGACAGGUGGAAAUUAUUUCAUUCAUCUAUACAGGGGGACAGGAGCAUCUAUAGACAGGAAACCAGGAGAGGAUCAAUUGGACGUACAGUGAUAGAUCUGUAACUUGUAAACUAAACAGGCAAAAAUUGCAACAAACAGAGAGGCUUAGCAUCCUUCCGGGCAAAUGCCUCCAUGUUUUUCAUAUGGUUGGCAUCUUGCCAUUUCCUGGCCACUGUAUCAUGUAGAAUGAUUCAGUUCGAAAUUGAACAAGAGAAUGCUUCUCUACCCCAUAAAAACAAAAACAAAAAAGUGAAGGGGCCUUGUUUUUAAAAAAAAUGAAAGGGUCCAGCUUGCUUCCUUCAGAUUGAGGACAA